CGCCCGCUCCGUCCUUCCACUUCCUGGGGCCGGCGGAUGGCGGCGGCCGCCCCGCGCCGCCUCAUGCCGCCGGCCCGGUAGCGGCGCCGCGCCGGGGGCCGGGCGGGGCGGCCAUGAGGGCGGCCUGAGGGACGGCCCCGAGCGAGCCCCGGCCAUGGGCGAGAGGCGGCGCGGGGAGAGCGGCGAGCCGGGCACGGGAUUCCCGCAGGAUCCCGAGGAGCAGGGCUGUUCCCUGUUGCAGCGGGCCGUGGCGGUGCUGCACAGCUCCUCCCUGCACUCCGGCUCCCAGCACGGCUUCCAGUACAGCAGCGCCAUCCUGGUGGAAAAUGAGCUUUUCCUGAGCGAGCUCCGAGCUUUCGCGCGAGCCAAGGCGGCCGCGGGAUACAGCCAGGAGGAGCUGCAGGAGACCUUCGCCUUCCUGCUCUUUGACAAGGAGGAGGAGGCGCAGCGGGUGUGUCAGAGCGGGCUCCGCGUCAACAGCAGCAACAUCUCCACCCUGGGGGACCCUGCCAAAGGGGUUUAUAUUUCCAAAUAUUCCGACUUCCUCCACCCCAGCCCUUGGCACCACGGCAAAUCAGGAUUUAUUGUCAUCUGUAAACUCAUCAAGGGCAAGGUCAGAGCCAUCCCUGAGAGCUCCCCCAGCAGCUGCACCUGCCCCUCGCCCGGCUACGACUGCCACGUGUCCAGCGGGAGCAGCCAGUACUACGUGUACGAGGUCAGCGGGGUGAAUUCCCCGUUCCCCGUGGAUUAUCCCCAGUAUCCCACGGGUGUUCCCUGUCUUUCCCAGUACUACGUGUACGAGGUCAGCGGGGUGAAUUCCCCGUUCCCCGUGGAUUAUCCCCAGUAUCCCACGGGUGUUCCCUGUCUUUCCCAGUACUACGUGUACGAGGUCAGCGGGGUGAAUUCCCCGUUCCCCAUGGAUUAUCCCCAGUAUCCCACGGGUGUUCCCUGUCUUUCCCAGUACUACGUGUACGAGGUCAGCGGGGUGAAUUCCCCGUUCCCCGUGGAUUAUCCCCGGUAUCCCACGGGUGUUCCCUGUCUUUCCCAGUACUACGUGUACGAGGUCAGCGGGGUGAAUUCCCCGUUCCCCAUGGAUUAUCCCCGGUAUCCCACGGGUGUUCCCUGUCUUUCCCAGUACUACGUGUACGAGGUCAGCGGGGCGGGAGCUGCCGAGCGGCCGCGCCAGGUGUGUCCGUACGUGCUGCUGGCCUGCCAGUACCGCCCGCCCCGGGAGAUGCCGGCGCCGGCCCCGCAGCACCCAGCAGAGCGGAACCACCAAGAGCCGCGGUCGCUGCCGGCGGCGCCGUGCCCGUGGCGGGGCCAGCUGUGCAUCGGGGGCCGGCGCCUGUGCACCAUCGGCCUGAGGAGCCAGCACAGCGCGGGCAGCGUGCCCGCCCAGCUACCUCCCAGCCUGGACAUCAAACACGUCAUGGGAUUGUCUGACUUGAAGAAAAAACUGCCAGAAGCUGCAUUUGGGAAAAAAAAUUACACUAGGAAUGAAGUCUGCUUUCAGGGUGUUUACUCCAGUCUCUACGAGGUGGAAAUAUCCAAUAAGGAUCAAUCCAAAAUGGAUCAGCUGGUGGAAAACCUGAAGGAGAAGGACUUGGCGAUCAUCAAAUAUUUACAGGACCAGGGAGUUCUCAUCCUGCUCACGUCCUCAGCCUUGGCACGGGAGGAUGGCCUGGAGCCCAAGGAGCCCGUCAGCCUGCUGGCCCUGUUCCUGUUCAGCUCCCCCCGGGCCCUGAGCCCCCGAGAGGAACAGCAGGACCCACAGCAUAGGAAGGAGGGCAGUGCCAGGAGUGCCAUCUCCCUAAAAAUCGCCUCCGUUCUGCCGGGACUCCGCUACGCCUUACGGAAAGCAGCCAGCUCCUCCUGGAAUGCCACGGGCAGCCCCUGCAUCCAGGAGCACCUCCAGGAAUAUGCAAAACUCCAGGAAACCUCUCAGGCCAGCCCUGGCCAGAGCGGGGACGUUCCCGUGGCUGCUGUCCCCUCCCCGUGCCGGGAUGGGGAUGCUCACCCUUCCCAGGAGCUCUCGGAGCGAUCCCUGGCCCAGCUGCGGCGUUACCUCUCCGACCCCAGCAGCUUCACCCUGGGAAUCUCAGCGGCCCUGCAGUGUCUCAGUGCAGAGGUCCUGGCUGCAGAAAUUGUCCACAAACCGCAGUGUGAAAGUGCUGAGGAGGAAAGUUCAGCUCCCAAUGGUCCUGCUGUGGAGGCAAAGAGGCCAAAAACCCUGGAAAACCUGGACUCGAAGAAGGUUCCUGUCACUGAGAAGCCAAAGGAGCCGCUCCCGGAGCUCCCGAGCGAAGCCUCAUCCCAACCCCCCGGAGCAGAAAUCCCAGGGAAUGUUCAUCCCGUGGCAAGUCCCAGCGUUGCCUUUGCCCUGCCAGGGGACAACAGCGACUCCCACGCCCUGAACCUGCUGGCUGACCUGGCCCUGGGCUCCUGCAUUCCUGCCUUUAUUCCCAAAGAUUCUGGGACCGUCCCCGUGGAAUCUGGGGAUUCCUGGGAGCAGCAGAGCCCUUCCGACCCCAAAUCCCAGCGCGUGGCUUCCGACCACAAAUACCACAGGGCAGACAAGCAGGGCAAAAAACCCACCUCCAGCAAGGUGUCCCUGACCCAGCCGCUUCCCGAAAAAACAGAUUCCAGCCAGCCGGCCUCUCCUCCCAGGGAAAAAACCUCUGGAAUUUUCGGCAGGAGCGGCGGGGUUCCCGUCCCCGCCGUAUUCCAGGUGUUUCCUCCCCGCCAAGCUCCGCAAGCCUCCGAGUUGAACGCGCACUCCAUCAUCUCAGCCGAGCACUCCUACGCCUCCCCCAUGCCCGAGGAUCCCAAAGCACCCCCAGAUCCCAAAGGGAAUCCCGCUGCCGGCCCCAGGAGCGCUCCAGGAGCUCCCUUGGUUGGGAAGGUGCUGCCGUUCCGGCACCAGCAGAGCAGCGCCGAGCCCGCCCGGAGCCAGAGGUGUCCCAGGAAAAAGGAGGAUUUCUCCAAGAGCCACACGGUGAAUCUCUGCGGGAAUUCCAUGAAGGUCACGUGCCGUUGGGAAGAGGAGUAUCUCUUCCACCUGGACAGCAGGUACACCAAUGAUUCCCUGGAGAAAACCGUCAUCCGUGCCCUGCAUGGGCCCUGGGAUCCCGAUCUUCCCGACGAUGUGGAAGGGAUGAAGCUGAUCCUGCACAUGUGGGUGGCUCUGUUCUACAGGAAGCCCAGCAAGCUCCUGAGCAGCUCCAGGAAGGUGGUGGAGCACAGCAAUCCCAGGAAAUUCGUCUCCAUCAACAGCUCCGGUGGCUUCCUGGAGCUCAGCGACGACAGCCAGGACUGCUUUGGCUUCGAGACGUGUCCUGCAGACUCCGGCUCGGAUCCUGACCAGACUCCCAGCAGCUCCCUGGAUCCCAGCACCCCUUCCCAGGGCGCUCCCCAGCCCGAGAAGAGCCCCGCCGACUCCCAGACGGACGCGGACGGAGCUGCCGGAGCUGUGGACAGCACCGUGUCCUCCUCCUCGGGGGAGCUGCCCUGCGGGGAGGAGGAGGAGGAGCCUUCCUCCACCAGCUGUCCCGAGAGCCUUUCCCUGCAGGAUCAUUCCAGGGAAAAGCUGGAUGUGGCCGGCGGGGAGCCGGAGGGCGUUCCCGAGGAGAGCGCGCGCCACGUCUCCAGCGUCACCGCGGAGGAGCCAGCCGAGGAGGACUUGCAGGAUGCCAGGAUCACCCCCAUCCCUCCCGAGGAGCUCGGCUGUCCCAGCAAAUCCCCGGAUGCGCCGGGCACGGAAAACCCCGGGAGCCAAACCCCAAACUGCAGCCCAGCUCCAUGGACAGACCCCCCCUGUGCACCUCAGGACAACGGGGAGCAGCAGCAGCAAAAGCAGCAGGAAGCAGGCUCAGGGAGUGGCCCCGGCCCUCCCGAGGAUGAGGAGGGAACGGGAUGCUCUGGGCAUUCCCUGGAAGUUGAGGAUGGCGCUGAUCCGCAGCCUGCCUGUGAUUCCGUGCCCUUGGAAGCGGCUCCUGGGAGUGCAGAGCCUGGGGGAGCCACUGAGCAAGGGGAGGAAUGCCAGGAGCCCCCGGAGCACUCAGAGGAGAGGGAGGUGGAGGAGGAGAAGAAAGAGGACGAGGAGUUGGAGGACGAAAGCUCCUUUGUGGACCCCGUGGAUUUGGUGCUGUCCGAGAGCAGCGAUGCCGAGAUGGAAUGCGAGCACGGCGAGCAUAAUCCAGGGAAUUCGGCGUCUCCAGAGGAGUUUGGUGUUCCUGAAGAGGACCCCGCGCUCAGCCCCACGCCCCUGGCACCCCCCUGCCCCGACAGAUCCUCCCCAGCGCCCUCAGAUGGGGCUGGGACUGACCCUGGAGGCUUUCCUGAGGAGAUGUCACCAAACCAGGAGGAGCUCCCGGAUCCCUGGGACGCUCCGGGCACGCCGGAAUCAGAGACAAGCGGGGUUGGAGUGGCCAGUCCGGCCGAGGUGGGGUCACCCCACAGUGACAGCGGGGAGCUGCCAGUCCCCCCUGAGCCCAGCCUUGUCCGUGGGGCGCAGCCCGACAGCGUGACGGACAGCCCGGGAUCCGCCGGAGCCACGCUGGGGAACGGCUCCGAGCACAGAAGCCGGGAUCGGGCCCCCUCUGGAGAACGGUGGGAGCCUGCUGGGAGCGCGGGGUCCCCCUGCAGACAGGGAAUGAGCCUGACCCUGUCCCCCGACACCAGCUCCGUCUGCCUGACCUCUCCCGAUGGCUCUGUGGAUCCCUGGGCUGCUCCGGAGGAUCAGCCCGUGGAGAGCAUCCAGUCACCGUCCCAGAGCGAGCUGGGGCGGAGCAGCUGCUUCUCCCAGCGGGGCGGGGAUGAGGCCGAGCCCGACCCCAAUUCCCUGGAUGCUGAGGAGCCCAACCAAGGCAGCAACGGGGUUUUGGUGGGGGAGCAGCAGGGGAGCCCCUCUGGCAAUGGCACGGAGGAGCUGGAUGAUCCCAUGGGAGCAGGAGAUGGCCGGGACUCCCCCUUUGACUACACAGACGUAGGAGAUGACUGCAGGGCUGAGGAGAGCGAGGAUGCGUUCCCUGGGACAGAGAAUUCCCCCGGGAAUGACACCACGAACAUGGAGGUGGUGGACAUCCCUCUCCACCAUCACCUCCUGGAAUCAGAGCCCUCCUCCUCCAUCAGGGAGGGCAUCUCAGCCAUACAGGAGCUCCCCUGGCAGCAGCAGAGCUUCCCAGACAUCCACGGGGACUCAGCUCCUGCUUCUCCUGGCGCCGGAGACUCCAAUCCCGGCAUUCCCGCCGUGCCGGGCCGGCGGGAGUCGGUGCUGUGCCGCCUCUGGAAGCCGUGCCGGGAAGGAGGAGCCACGCAGGUGAGCGUGGCUGCCUGGAGCCUGGAUGGCUCCUUGCAUCCCGGCUGUUCCCAAGGGCUGGUAGAAUCCCCAGCUCCGUGCUCCCCCGUGGAUGCGUCAGCAGAGCCAGGAUCUGCUCCUCCUUCUCCGUGUGACCCAUGGGAUGAUCCGGAGACUGCGGAGCCGGGCUCGCCCCUCCCUGAGGUGCUCCCUGGGGUGCUCUCUUCCACCCCAGACAGUGCCUGGUGGGCCGGGAGCUGUGGCAGCCCCAGGAGCAGCUCCAGGAGCCAUGGCAGCCCCAGGAGCAGCCCCAGGAGCCCCAGGAGCUGUGGUAGCCCUGGGAGCCCCUGGAGCCAUGGUAGCCCCAGGAGCCAAGGUAGUCCUAGGAGCCCCAGGAGCUGUGGCAGCCCCAGAUGCCAUGGUAGCCCCAGGAGCCAUGGUAGCCCCAGGAGCUGUGGCAGCCCCAGGAGCUGUGGGAGCCUCAGGAGCCCCAGGAGCUGUGGCAGCCCCAGGAGCUGUGGUAGCCCUGGGAGCCAUGUGAGCCUCAGGAGCCUUGGGAGCCAUGGCAGCCCCAGGAGCCGUGGUAGUCCCAGGAGCCCCAGGAGCUGUGGCAGCCCCAGAAGCCAUGGUAGCCAUGGUAGCCCCAGGAGCCAAGAUAGUCCUAGGAGCCCCAGGAGCUGUGGCAGCCCCAGAUGCCAUGGUAGCCCCAGAAGCUGUGGUAGUCCUGGCAGCCCCAGAAGCCGUGGUAGCCCUGGGAGCCAUGGUAGCCCCAGAAGCCACGGUAGCCCCCAGAGCCAGGCAGAGGAUGCCGGAGGCAGCCCUGGGGAGGAGCCCUUCCUGCCAGAGGACCUGGAAGGAGGCAGCAUUCCCAGUCCUGCACCUUUCCCAGCCCGGGAGUGUCCCCUGUGCGAGCCCUGGGAUGUGUGCGAGCACAACCCCGAGGGAUCCCAGCUGUUCCCCGAUCCCGACUGUGCCGGCGCUGAGGUGGGACAGGGGGAAAUUCCCGCUUCUCCCGUCCCGUGGGAUGAGCCCGGGGAUCCCUCUGGGGAACACCUGGAGUUCAGCGAUGCCGAGGAUGUUUCGGAUCUGCUGCCAAGGGAAGAGCAGCUCCCGAGCCAAGACACGCACGAGGGCUUGGCCUUGGAAGAUCCAUUGGAGAAUUCCUUUGGUGACUCAGACCAGAAAUAUUUUGAGGGGAAUUCUCGCUCCCCUCUUCCAAGCAGGAGUUCCUGCAUCAUGAGAUCCACGGAUGCUGCAGGAACAAGGACUACCUGGGACAGCUCCUCCAGGAGCUCCGCGCACACGGAGGAGCGCGGGGAGGCCCGGGACCGGGACAUCCGCAGGGAUUACGGGAGCUUUGUGGUCACCAGGCAGUGCCAGGAGAGGACGGAACAUUUCCAGCUUCCCAGGAGGCGCAGCCGCCGUGCCCGGGAGUCUCACCUGGCCCGCUCCCUGAUGGGGACCUGGAGGGGCUUGGAGGAAAUCACCCAGGCCACUUUGGACAUGGAGUGUCUCCGCUUCCAUUAUAAGCUAAAAGAAAUCCUGAGGAACGGCAAACCCUCCUUUUCUACCUCCAAAAGCAUCUUCCCGACGGACUUUCCUCCCCGCCACGCCCCCGUCCCGCUGUCCCCACGCAGCAGGAGCCCCUUGCAGGUGACGAUUCCCCCCUCGGACGCGUGGCCGGGCGGGGACGCUCGGGCCGCCAGGAGAGGCCGAUCCCGGGCGGGGAGCCGGGACGCCGGGGCCGCCUGGCACCUGGGCAAGCUGCGGUACGAGCACGCCGCGCCCGAGCCGCGCGGGGCCGUGGCCGGCAUCCUGCGCGAGUACUCCGAGUUCCAGAGGGUGCUGCUGGCCCGGGCCGAGGCCGGGAGCGACGCCCCGGCGCCGGGGGAGGCCGGGAGCGGCCGGCCGGGGGCGGCCCGGCCCUGCGGGACGGCGGCGUUCCGGGGAAUGGUGGCGGAGCUGUGCGGGGCCCUGCGCUGGCACCUGCGGCGCGUGGCCGCCAGCGGGCAGCCCGGAAUGUUCUACCUGCUGGAGACUGGGAAGGAGCCCUUCUUCGACAGGGUGAAGGCCCUGCUGAAGGCGGAGGGGUUUGUGAGGACGGAGCCCCUGACCUUCUGCAGAGCCCGGCAGCGGGACAGCGAGCGCCUGCUGGUCAUCAUCAGGAACGAGGACAUCGCCUCCCACAUCCACAGUGUGCCGUGCCUGCUGGAGCUGAAGCGCUGUCCCGGCGUGGUGUUCGCCGGCGUGGACGAUCCCGAGGAGGUGACGGGUGACACGUUCCAGGAGCUCUUCCAGGCUGGAGGAUUCGUGGUGUCCGACGAGGAGCUGCUGGAAAGGGUGACCCUGGGCCAACUGAAGGAGGUGGUGAAGGUGCUGGAGAAGCUGAACCGGAGCGGGAGGUGGAAGUGGCUCCUGCACCACAGGGAGAGCAAGAAGCUCCGAGGAGACCUCAGGGACGACGCGGGUGCCCAGAAGAAGCAGCUGCUGCUGCGCUGGUGCCAGGGGGCAGAGCUGCUGGAGCUGCUGCCCUUCCACGGCUGCGACGCCGCGCCCGAGUCCCGGCGCGCCCAGUGCCUGCCGGAGCUGCAGGCGCAGCGCGUCCGCGCCCGCUUCGCCGUGUACCUCACAGAAAAUCCCAGCAGCAGCUGCAGGGAGAUCCUGGAAAGCAAAGGAAUUCUUGUGGCUGACAUCGACACCUUCCUCGGGACGGUGCAGAAAGUGGCUGCUCCCUUUAGAAGAAGCUACUGGUGA